UAAACAACAAAUAAAUAUCCCCACAUCUUUCCAUUUCAUCUCUCUGUUCGCAUGAGAUUGACUUCAAAUCUUCUUGGAAGUCCUCUCAAGAUCCGCCAUGGAAGGGUCUCAGACUAUCCAAGUCCAAGUUCAUCAUGAAUUAGAAGCAUUCAGAACCGAUCAGGAGAAGGAGGAGGAAGAAGAGAACAUCUCCAUGGGAAGUCAACCAUCCGUACCUCCAUGGAAGAAGUACAAACGCUGGCUCCGUAUCUCUCUGUAUGCAUUCUUUGUCCUCUCUUUCCAGGCAAUAGCAACUCUUUUAGGCAGACUCUACUAUCAAAAUGGUGGGAAGAGCAAGUGGAUGGGAACCCUAGUUCAGCUCAUCGGUUUCCCUAUCCUGUUUCUGUUCAGCCUCUUUUCACGCAUCAGACAACCCGAAACGGCAUGUUCCAUGCCAUUAACGUUCAUCACCAUUGGACCAGUUUACAUGGGCAUCGGCCUGUUGGCAUCAGCUAACUGUUAUCUGUCCUCUUACGGGUUGCUCUACUUGCCCGUCUCUACUUACUCCCUCAUCUCCGCUUCACAGUUGGCCUUCACCGCCUUCUUCUCGUAUUUCCUCAACUCGCAAAAGUUCACUCCUUUCAUCUUGAAUUCUCUGUUUCUUCUUACCAUCUCCUCUACCCUCCUCGUCUUCAACGGCGAGUCAGAAAACGCAGAAAAAGUCUCCAAGGGGAAAUACGCAAUCGGGUUUCUCUGCACAGUCGGCGCCUCAGCUGGGAAUGGAUUGCUGUUCUCUCUGGUGCAGCUGAUCCUCCGGAAAGUUUUAAAGCAGAGUACUUUCUCAGUAGUCAUAGGCAUGGUGAUCUACCAGUCCCUGGUUGCUACUUGUCUAGUUCUGGUAGGGCUUUUCGCUAGUGGAGAGUGGAGAACUCUCGCUGGAGAGAUGCAAAGCUACAGACCGGGGAAGGUGUCUUACGUCAUGACCUUGGUCUGGACGGCUAUUUCCUGGCAAGUUUUCACGGUUGGUGUCGUGGGAUUGAUAUUCGAGUCAUCAUCUGUGUUCUCCAACGCCAUAACUGCCGUGGGAUUGCCUAUUGUGCCGAUUCUGGCGGUGAUCGUUUUCCAUGAUAAGAUGGAUGGGUUAAAGGUUAUCUCCAUGGUUUUGGCUGGCUGGGGCUUCGUUUCAUUUGUCUAUCAGCAUUACCUCGACGACAAAACCUCCAAGGCAAGUGACAGAAACCGUGAGGAAGAAGAAGACAACAAGACAGAUAAAAAUGUAAAUCUUCUUACUCGGAAAUGUUUAGAGAUGCAGGACGACUUUCACAAUGUUCAGUGAUUGCUUCAAUAUCUCAUGCAAAACCAUAUGUAUAAACAUUUGCAUGUUUAUGUAUCACCUUUUGAAAUAUAAAAAUGUAAAUCUCUCACGAA